AUGAACGAAGGGCUCCUCACGUACACGUACGAUCAAGGAAACGUCCGCCUUGUCGUCCCUGAGAGUCUCCAUAACCAAGUCGCUUCCAACCUCCACGCUAGUCACCAGGGAUUAGACUCUAUGAUGCGCAGAGCCAGACAGUCCGUGUAUUGGCCCGGCAUGGAGGGAGACUUGCAGCAUCACAGAGCAUCGUGCGAGUCCUGCGAUAUCCACAGUCCAUCAUUGCCACGGGAGACCAUGGAGCUCACCCCGCCUCCCGACUACCCGUUCCAGCACACUGUCGUUGACAUGUUCCAGUGGGAGGGCCACACCUACAUGGCCUAUGCUGACCGGCUGACAGGUUGGCUCGAGGUGGCCCAUUUCCCCAACGGUGCCAGCUCCUACAAGAUCCAGACGCAGCUUAGGAAGUACUUUUCUCGCUACGGAGCCCCUGAACACAUGUCUAUGGACGGAGGAACCAACCUGACAAGCGCGGAGAUGGACACCUUCUACAGGAACUGGGGGGUCUCGGUGCGCCUGUCGUCUGCCCAGUACCCUCAGUCUAAUGGCAGGGCUGAGGUGGCAGUCAAGACAGCCAAGAGGAUCAUCAGGGACAACACUUCCCCAGGCGGCAGCCUUGACAAUGACAAAGCAACUCUGGCCAUCCUGCAAUACCUGAACACUCCCCUGCGGUGUAUCAACAAGUCACCAGCACAGCUGGCCACUGGCAGACAACUUCGCGACGGGGUACCCAUGGCUGGACAACACCUGCGAUUGGACCAAUAUUGGAGCCAAACGUUGCGAAAGAGAGAACGACUGAUGGCGGAGGAGCAGGAAGCAGUGACAGCUUCGGACACUCCAAGGAACCUCCAACCCCUCUCGACAGGUGCCAGGGUCCGCAUCCAGAAUCAGGCCUCUAACCGGUGGGACCGGACGGGGGUGAUAACAGAGGUCUUGCCCUACCGCCAAUACACCGUCAGGCUAGACGGUAGCGGCCGUCUGUCUCUGAGGAACCGGAGACACUUAAGGUGUGUGAAAGCUGGAACAGGCAGUACCCCUGGUGCCCCACCCACCGCAAACCCCAGCAGCACACCCACCGGCACGACCUCGGCGCCCCAGGACAGACGCCCAAGCAGGAACAAGAAGCGUCCACUGUGGCUGAAAGAUUAUGAGGCGUAG